GAGAUCCCGAGAACUUCUGCCGUCUUCCACUUCUGCGCUGCCCCGAAGCUUCGAGUGGGCCUUCGAAUCUGCCGCUUGUGAAUCCUUCGAGCUCGAGAGCAUUUUCCUCAAAUCUUCUUCGUGAGAUUCGCUCAGAGAGAAAGAGAGAGGGAGAGAGGGGUGGAAGAAAUGGUUCGAGGAGAGGAAGCUCGUGAGGUGAAUGGAGAUUCACUGAAGGUGGUGCGGUAUGGGAUCGUGGGCUGCGGGAUGAUGGGUCAGGAGCACAUGAUGAAUUUGUUUCACUUGGCGGGAGCGCAAGUGGUGGCAAUUGCCGAUACCAGUAGAGUGUCGUUGACGCAAGCUUGCGCGUUGUCGACCCGGAGUGGUCAUUCGAGGAAUUUAGAGAUUUUUCGUAACCACGGUGACCUCUUGGAUAGCGGGUUAUGUGACGUAGUGAUCAUUUCGACUCCCAACAUGACCCAUGCUCAAAUUAUUAUGGAUGUACUGGCUCAUCCCGGCCGUCAUCACAUCCUCGUAGAGAAGCCUCUAUGUACCCACGUCGCAGACUGUAAGAAGGUGAUGGAGGCUGCGAAACGACGGCCUGAUAUUCUGGUCCAAGUGGGCUUGGAAUACAGAUACAUGCCUCCAGUUGCCAAGCUCCUCAAGCACGUGAAGGCCUCGACAUUCGGACGAGUUAGGAUGAUAUCCAUUAAAGAGCAUAGGUUUCCCUUUCUAGUGAAGGUAGAUGACUGGAAUCGUUUCAAUGAAAACACGGGUGGUACUUUGGUGGAAAAAUGUUGCCACUUUUUUGACCUGAUGAACUUGAUGGCCGAUUCAAGGCCUCGUCGCGUGAUGGCAUCUGGGGCACAGGACGUCAACCACCUUGACGAACGAUACAAUGGAAAGGUGCCUGACAUAAUUGACAACGCAUAUGUGAUCGUGGAGUACGAAAAUGGUAUCAGGGCAAUGCUGGACCUCUGUAUGUUUGCCGAGGGUAGCAAGAAUGAGCAAGAGAUUUCGGUGGUCGGUGACCUCGCCAAGGUGGAGGCUCUGGUGCCAGAAAACGUUAUGCGCCUAGGAUCCAGGAGUGGUUCGAGAGAAGGAGUGGAAACUUUUCAUUGUCACGAUGACCGUAUCAAAUACAGUGGUUUACACCACGGCUCUAGUUAUCUGGAGCAUCUCGACUUCAUCGAUGCGGUUAGAUCGCAUGGGCGCAAACCUCCAGUGGUGGGUUUAUAUGAAGGUCUGCUCUCUGUAGCCAUAGGUCAGGCAGCCCAGUUGUCGAUAAAACUUCGGAGGUUUGUGAAUUUGGAUGAGGUCAUGCAAGAGAAGGUCUCUGAGGAGGUAGUUGCGUUUUGAUCGGAUUGAAGGCAAUGACGACUUACAUCCGGAAGUUGGUAGAAUAGGUUUUCCUUCUUUCUCUACAAGAAGCACUAGUUGUAAGUUUAAAGCGUGGUUAAUGUCCAUCCUGCUUCGACAACCCCCACUCCAAUUUUGUUAUAGUUAGGGUUCUCACAAUUGAUAGAAAAUAUUGUAUAAAGUUAGUUAUCUUCAUCCUGGAUGUACAUUCCACGCUGUACAUAGGCGGCUUUUACAAUGAAUGAACAUGAAAUAGUUAAGCAAAGUAUACUGAAAACUCGUUUUCAACUCUCAUUUUUUUGAGGUCGACUGAACAUUAUUAUCAACUCA